AUCAGGAAUAGUCUGUUGUCUGCUACCCAGGAAGAACUGUUCGUAAACUUGAACCAUUUCUUGAAGCAGGCUGUGUGCUUUUCAAGCUAAUUGGAGAAGGAAAAACUACACAAUGUCAAUAACUAUUUUGAAUUCUACGCACAGAUUUAGGUCCCUCUGCAGAUUGCAAAGAAUUCGAGGGCAAAUGAUGACGAGCCAGGCGGGAGCUGAGGUACUGGUGGAGAAAGUGGGGAAUGCUGGGGUGAUCACCCUGAACCGCCCCAAAGCCCUGAACGCCCUCAACAUGAACAUGAUACGACUCAUGUACCCCCAGCUCAAGAAAUGGGAGACGGACAAGGAGACUGAUAUUGUUGUUGUCAAAGGAGCCGGUGGGAAAGCCUUCUGUGCUGGUGGAGACAUCAGAGCUGUGACUGAAGCAGGAAAGAUAGGAGAUGCUCUUGCUAAGAACUUCUUCCGUGAAGAAUACAUCCUGAACAAUACUAUUGGAACAUACCAGAAGCCAUAUGUGGCCCUUAUUGAUGGGAUAACAAUGGGAGGGGGUGUGGGCCUCUCGGUCCAUGGGCGGUUUCGGGUGGCCACUGAGAAGACUCUGUUUGCCAUGCCUGAGACGGCAAUCGGACUGUUCCCUGAUGUGGGCGGCGGCUACUUCCUGCCAAGGCUACAGGGCCAGCUGGGCCUCUUCCUGGCCCUGACAGGAUUCCGCCUCAAAGGACGCGAUGUCCAGAGAGCAGGAGUUGCCACUCACUUUGUGGAGUCUCAAAAGAUUGCAGCCCUUGAGAAGGAGCUAGUGGACCUGAAAACUCCCUCCAUUGAAGACGUCUCCAGAGUGUUGGACUCGUAUCAGAAACGGAGCAGUCUGGAUGCAGAGAAGCCAUUUGUCCUUGAGCAGCACAUAGACUUGAUUGAUAAGCUAUUCCAGUCCAACAGCGUGGAGGGGAUUGUACACAACCUAAAGACAGACGGCUCUCCAUUCGCCCAGAAACAAGCUGAGACCCUCGCCAAGAUGUCUCCCACAUCGCUGAAGAUAACCUUCAAGCAGCUGCAGGCCGGAGGCACCAUGACUUUGCAGGAGGUUCUGGUGAUGGAGUACAGACUCAGUCAGGCCUGCAUGGUGAAGGGCAGUGACUUCUACGAGGGCGUGAGGGCAGUGCUGGUUGACAAGGACCACAGCCCCAAGUGGAGUCCAUCCACACUGAAGGAGGUCUCAGAACAGAGUGUGGAGGACUGCUUCUCGUCUCUGGGGGACCGUGACCUCAAGCUGUAAGGACACCUCAAUAGAAUAGAACAAGGGGUCAAGGGACAUCACUUCCCGCUCAUGAGGCCUUCUCAUAGGAAGCGUCCUAGUUGCCUAAAUUUGUUUCCUUCCCUUGUAUCCUUUCCUUCAUGGCCACUCAUCAGAGUCCAUAUUCUCACUGAGAGCUUUAUCGUUGAGAUUAAGCCACCACCUUCACCCAUCAGUGGUCAUAUAGUUGGAGAGGAGACAAAGAAAGGAAGCUACUCUAGAGUAGUCGGUCACGGCCAUCAGACAUGGUACGUCAGUCACUGUGGCCUAUCACAACAGCAGGACUUUGGCAAGACCACACCCCAGUGCUGUGCCCAUUUUGCAAUGCAUUUUUAAACUAAUUGAACGGACUCUUCAAGUAUGACUUCUCAAAAGCUAGCAUCAGGCUAAAAGGCUAAAGUUGGAUGGAUACCAGACCAGUUAUAUAGACAUUGAGUCAGACGAUAUGUACAGUAUCUCCAUUGUGCUGGUGUACAGUAUUAUUUGCAAAGAACAAUAUUUCUCGGUACAUUUGGCGGUGCCAAGAAACAAAUGUUUGUUUCGGUGAGUAGCUGGGUAAGCAAGAGGUUCUGUCCUGUUUGAAGUGUCAUAUAACUUGGGAGAGUACUGUCAGGUGGUUAUUAUGGCCCUUGUUGAGUGUCAUAAUGUCCUGUUUAUGAGUGUCUUUCAGUUAGUCUGUCUCUCCAGUACAUUUCCUAUGGAUUCAAUCAAAUGCACAUUGCUGGAAGCCCGGACUGGGAAAACACCAUGUUAAAAUAUACAGACUGAUUUCUACCUAAUUUGGAUUUUUAUGAUUUUGCAGUGCUUUGUCAUUUUUCUGCAGUGUGUCUUCGACUGAAUCUGGCCUUUUUGCGUUUCUCUGUACCCAGCUCAAAUCAUUGAUUAUAUGAAAUCCCAUUCGCAGCACUCAAACCCUCAGCACACAGUUAAGAGCUCUUACAGGCUCCCAGAGAUAAAUUAGGUCAGUGGCUGAAAGACCCACCACAAAGUUUGCGAAGUAAACAAUGAACCAGCGUAAACACUCUCCUAGAGCACACAGGCUCAGUAAUUAUCUUGGCUUCAGAGAUAAGCUUUUAUGGUUUAGGAUUUGCCCUUCAAAAGUCACCAGCCAGGUGUCAUUCUUAAUGCCUUUUAGCUUUGUCAUGUAGCUGGAGUGAUCACUCGGGGUUGCAUUUUUCAUUGCAUUACUGUAUGGCAAAGGCCAGAAGUUCUCAAUUCAUUGUGUGCUCUUCAGUAUCCAAUUCAAUGGAUACAAUUUCCCAACUAAUAGCUGUAAAAAAUCUCUUGUAUAAUAAAUAUGUUGAUAAAGAUGUGUAUGGAAACCUGAUUUGUAAAAAUUGUCAUUUGAUUUAAUUGUUUGAAGUCAUCGUUGAUAAAAUAAUAAUUAUGUUGUGCCUGCCUAUGUAACCACACAGAACAAAAAUAUAAACGGAAGGUGCGGGUCCCAUGUUUCGUGAGCUGAAAUAAAAGAUCACAAAUGUUCCAAAA